CAGUUUUCGUUCAAAUUUCACAAUUACAGUGCAAAGUCCACAGACUACAUACUAUUAUAAGUCCAAGAGAUCAUUCUCGUUACAAAGUCUUCCAAUCUUCAGUGAUCCAGAUAAAAUGGCCCGAGUUCUGGUUGGCGUUAAAAGAGUGAUCGACUAUGCAGUCAAAAUCAGAGUCAAGCCAGACAAAUCAGGCGUUGUAACCGAUGGGGUCAAACACUCAAUGAACCCCUUCGAUGAGAUCGCGGUGGAGGAGGCAGUUAAGCUAAAGGAGAAGAAAAUCGCCUCGGAAAUCAUCGCUGUGUCAUGCGGGCCUGCCCAAUCGCAGGAAGUUUUGAGGACUGCCUUGGCUAUGGGUGUGGACAAGGGCAUUCAUGUGGAGGUUACAGGCCCGGAGUACGAAACCCUACAGCCCAUCCACGUCUCGAAGAUUCUGGCUAAAAUUGCCCAGAACGAGAAAAUAGACAUUGUUAUAGUGGGAAAGCAGGCAAUAGAUGAUGACUGUAACCAGACGGCUCAAAUGACUGCCGGCGUGCUGGAUUGGUCCCAGGCCACUUUCGCCUCAAAGGUGGAGAAGGGCGACAAUGAAAUCACGGUAACCAGGGAGGUGGAUGGAGGUUUGGAGGUGAUCAAGAGCAAACUGCCAGCUGUGAUAAGCGCCGAUUUGAGACUGAACGAGCCCCGAUAUGCCACCCUCCCGAACAUCAUGAAAGCCAAGAAGAAGCCGAUCCAAAAACUCACACCGAAAGAUCUGGGGGUAGACGUGACGCCCCGUAUCAAAGUGGUGAGCGUUGAAGACCCUCCGACGAGGCAAGCAGGGCAAAUCGUCCCCGAUGUGGACACCCUGAUAGGAAAACUCAAAGAAGGGGGCCACUGCUAGGACGGGAAAAGCCACUGUCGUCAUAGGAAUUUUUAUUGGAAAAGAAGAUGCCUUUUAUGAACACAUUCGUUCGAUUAAACAACGUUACUUUAAA